AUGGGUCUUGUCACUCCUGCGAUUUUGCUAUCGAUACUAUUGACAUUGGGUACUUGCAUGAUUAGCGAUUCGACCAGCAUUUCUAGCGCCUUCUCUCCUGUCCAGAUCACUAUCCUCUCCUCCAACGGCACUGACCUCACCCUCUCAAUCCCGAUCAUGCACUCCCACAUCCCACUCUCCACUCUUCAACGACGCUCCCCCGCCUCCGUCCCCAUCCGAGAUUGCCCCUUGGUCGACACAUACACGUCCAACUCCUGGUGCCACCACGAAAUAUCCCCCCAAGAUUUCGGGACUUCUUGCAACGAGCCACCACAAGCGGGCCGGACGAACCCUCGACAGCGUACAUAUCUGGGCGGAGGCAAAUGCGCUAGUGACGAGAUAUGCGUUGGAAGUAACGCUAAGGACCCGGGUAUCCCGCUCCAGGCAUACUGCGUUUCCACGGACAAAUUCGUGCACAUAGGCCACAGUCCGUCAAGUGGAAAUGGGCAGAACCUUGCUUCUACGGGGGUUGUUACGGCAAAUUUUAAUUCUGCUCUUUAUAAUAACAACGGGAGCCACUUGGGCGUUGAAGCCGUCGUCACGAGCGUCAACAAAGGGACGAGCUUAUCUGCAGCCAGUGUGGUGAUGCAAGCACAGACGUAUAACGGGGUAUGGCGCACGGUGACUAAUGGCCGCAAUUACUGCCUGAGGUGCUCGAGUGUGACUGUGGCACCUUUUCCGGCGACGGCGCAGAGGGUUAAGGUGGACGUGGUGUUGUCAGAGCUAAUCCCGACGGGUUUACUUUGGCUGGCGUCUUAUUCGUACUAG